AUGGACGGCUUUGGUGUGCACACAUACCGCUUCGUGACAGAUGACGGAUCCUCCAAGUUCGUCAAGUUUCAUUGGAAGACAAAGCAGGGCAAAGCAAGUCUAGUGUGGGAAGAAGCGCAAGUUCUAUCUGGCAAGAAUGCCGACUUUCACCGGUCAGAUCUCUGGAAUGCCAUCGAGUCUGGAAAUGGCCCUGAAUGGGAGCUAGCUGUCCAGAUCGUGGAUGAAGACGAAGCACUAGCUUUUGGUUUCGAUCUCCUCGAUCCUACAAAGAUCAUUCCCGAGGAGCUUGCUCCUCUCCAUGCCAUUGGUCUCCUGAAGCUGGAUGAAAAUCCUACGAAUUAUUUUGCCGAGACAGAACAAAUUAUGUUCCAACCCGGUCACAUUGUCCGAGGUAUCGACUUCACAGAAGAUCCUUUGCUCCAAGGUCGGAUCUUCUCGUACCUGGAUACGCAGAUUAAUAGACACGGCGGGCCAAACUUUGAGCAGCUUCCGGUCAACCGUCCUCGAGUCCCUUUCCAUAAUAACAACCGAGAUGGGGCUGGUCAAAACCUGAUCCACAAGAAUAUCUUUCCUUAUUCACCUAACACCCUGAACGGUGGUUUCCCAGCUCAGGCGGACCAGGCAAAUGGAAGAGGUUUCUUCACUGCUCCGCGGCGCCAAGCGAGCGGCAAUCUCGUCAGAGCCCUUCCCGGAUCGUUUGAUGACCACUGGUCCCAGCCACGACUGUUCUACAACUCUCUGACACCGGUAGAGCAACAGUUCUUGAUCAACGCGAUCCGUUUCGAGACUAGCCACCUCAAGUCUGCUCAGGUGAAAGAGAAUGUUCUUACUCAACUCAACAGGGUCAGUCAUGAGAUUGCCGUUCGCGUCGCUGAUGCUUUGGCUCUGACGGCUCCCGCCCCUGAUCCGACUUACUAUCAUGAUAACAAGACAGCAUUCGUCUCAAUUGUGAACAACACUCUGCCGACGGUCGCAACAUUGCAGGUUGGCAUCCUCGCUACAACCAAGUCGCCCUCGUCCAUAUCAGAUGCUGCCGCUCUGAAGGCUCGGUUCGGUAACGAUGGCGUCGAAGUUACUGUAAUUGGUGAGACCUUGAUCGACGGGAUUGACCAGACUUAUUCUGCAGCUGAUGCCACAUCCUUCGAUGGCAUCGUCGUAGCAGCUGGUGCAGAAGAGCUAUUCAAGGCAGGGUCGGCUUCUACCUUAUAUCCUAUUGGUCGUCCUAAUCAAAUUCUCCUCGACGGCUAUCGCUGGGGCAAGCCUGUCGGCGCUUUAGGUUCGGCCACGGCGGCUCUUGGGUUGGUUGGGAUUGGCGAGACUCCAGGAGUGUUUGCUAAUAGCACCGAUGUCGAGGGAUUUGUGUCUGUUUUCGAGACGGGCCUGAAGACGUUCAAAUUUAUCGAUCGCUUCCCACUUGACUCUUGA